CGAAUAUUAAUUACACUUCGAAACAAUAUAAGCACCGGCCGCGUCGAAAUCAUGAUUCGCUCAUUCAUGCAUAUUUCUCUCCUCGAUCUGCGGCUCACUACACAUAAUGAGUGACCCAGGCUCCCCCUCUCCCGCUGAAGUACAGAAUCUCGUUGUUCUUUUCGUGGGGUUUGCGUUUGCCACUUUCUUAUACGGCUUGACGUUCUUUCAGAUGUACAUAUAUUUUUCUCGUUACUCGAAUGAUUAUACAUGGACAAAGAUCUUGGUAUAUGUCCUGGAUACCACUUCAACUGGCCUAGGUGCGACCACUUUCAAACGUGUUUUUCUGCUAUAUCACUAUCUGAUAACAAUGUUCGACGUGACAAUGGAUGUCCUAUAUGCAACACCUCUAUACUCAACGGUGGCUUCCGGCGUGCUAACAGCAUUACUCCAGGUCAUUCUUACUCUAAUCGCACAGUUUUUCAUUUUCUUAUUGUUCAUAGUUUGUGGUGGUCCUACGAGUAUCACUUCGAGAUUCGUCGGCACGCUAGUGGUCUUCUGUGCCUUCAUCGCCUUUGUUUCAGUAGGGCAAUUCUUCCAGCAAAGGCAGUUGUCCACAUUCGCUUUGCCCUCCAUGGCAAUCAUCGCUGGCAUAAGCCAAGGCUUCGCAGCACUCGCGAACAUCAUCAUUUUUAUUGCGAUGUGUUGGUCAUUGCGUCCAGCACGUUAUCCGGACAUGCUCCAGCCCGAGGGGAUGGUUGAAAACCUUGUUGUGCUGUUUGUUGGCCGCGGCCUGGGACUCGUCAUCAUUCAGCUGGCGUAUCUUGGCACAUUUGUUGCUUCACCAGGAAAACCAUACUGGAUAGCAAUCCAGAUGGUGACCCCCAGGAUUUACACCAAUAUUGUCUUGGGACUCUUGACCACCCGGGAAGUCAAAAACGGCGUCGGUCUCAACGAAGAAGACACCUUGUCUGAUCGACACGAUUCCCAAAACGAUGCUUUCCAAGACUCGCUUCGCUUUCCGCAACAGAAAGGCACUGACAUCAAUCUAACGUACCAUCAGACACAGCAGUCAUCGAGCUUUUCGCAACAAGGGGAGAACAGCAGGAGUACCGAAAUUGAAGAAGCAAGAAAAUCAUAUCCCGAUGACCAGAAUUCGAGGUCCAUUCAUUCUCAUCGCAGCGAACAACAUGCAUAUGACAAGGGAAGCUUGUCAUGAUCCAGAACUUGCGAUUCGCUGGUCGCACGCCUAUUAAUAUCAUUGUACUAAUCGUCGCUGUCGUCCC